AUGCACAACCCAAAGAGGAAGGCAUUGGACCGCGUUACACGGUCAUGCACGACCAACAGAGAAGGGGCGUUGACCCGCCGUCGCGGUCAUGCACCAUCCUGCAAAAAAGGGAAGGCAUCGGCCUGCACAAGUGCAGUCAUGCGCACUCCGAAAAAAGGAAGGCAUCGGCCCACAUUACACGGUCAUGCACGACCAACAGAGAAGAGGCGUCGACCCGCCAUUGCAGUCACGCACACUCUGGCAAAGAAAGGAAGGCAUCAACCUGCAGAAGUGCAGUCAUGUGCAAUCCAAAAAGAGGAAGGCAUCAACCCGCAUUACACGGUCCUGCACGACCAAGAGAGGAGAGGCGUCGACCCGCCAUCGUGGUCACGUACACUCCAGCAAAGAAAGGAAGGCAUCGGCCCGCAUUACACAGUCAUGCGCAACCAAGAGAGGAGGGGCGUCGACCCACCGUCGCGGUCACGCACACUCCUGCAAAGAAAGGAAGGCAUCGAUCUGCACAAGUGCAGUCAAGUGCACUCCAAAAGAGGAAGGCAUUGGCCCGCGUUACAUGGUCAUGCACAACCAACAGAGAAGAGCAUCGACCCACUGUUGCGGUCGCACACACUUUGCAAGGCCUCAGCCUGUUCAAGUGCAAUCAUACACAAUCCAAAGGGGGACAACAUCAACCGUCGCAGUCGCACACGCUUGUGCAAAGGAUGA